GGCGGAGCAAAGGGCGGGGGGGAUGCGCAUGCGCGGUGUGUGCGCGUGAGGCCCGUCAGGCCUGCGCUGAGGGUGCGGGUGGGGCCGCCAUGGGGAAGCUGAACGUGGCCGUGCUGCGGUACCUGAGCGGGCAGCACUUCAGGGUGCUCACCGCGGUGGAAAUGGGCAUGAAGAACCACGAGAUAGUUCCUGCCAGCUUGGUCGCGCCCAUCGCCAGCCUGAAGCACGGCGGCUGUAACAAGAUUCUGAGAGAGCUGGUGAAGCACAAGCUCCUGGCUUACGAACGGACUAAAACGGUCCAGGGCUAUCGGUUAACUAAUGCAGGAUAUGAUUACCUUGCCUUGAGAACUCUGUCUUCCCGGCAAGUCAUCAGUUCUGUUGGAAACCAGAUGGGUGUUGGCAAAGAAUCAGAUAUUUAUAUUGUUGCAAAUGAAGACGAGCAGCAGUUUGCAAUGAAACUGCACAGGCUUGGAAGAACUUCCUUUCGCAGCCUGAAAAAUAAGCGUGACUACCAUAAGCACAGACACAAAAUGUCAUGGCUGUAUUUAUCCCGGCUAGCAGCCAUGAAGGAGUUUGCCUACAUGAAGGCUUUGUAUGACAGAGAAUUUCCUGUUCCAAAACCUGUAGACUACAACAGGCAUGCAGUUGUUAUGGAACUCCUUGAUGGCUACCCUUUAUGCCAAGUACACCAAAUAGAAGACCCUGCUGCUGUCUACAGUGAAUUAAUGGAUCUAAUUGUAAAACUUGGCAAUCAUGGUUUGAUUCAUGGGGAUUUCAAUGAAUUUAAUCUCAUACUGGAUAAUGAUGAUCAUGUCACUAUGAUUGAUUUCCCUCAGAUGGUAUCAACAUCACAUCCAAAUGCUGAAUGGUAUUUUGACAGAGAUGUUAACUGCAUUAAGGAGUUCUUUAAGAAACGCUUCAACUACGAGAGUGAGCUCUUUCCAUCAUUCCAAGAUAUCAGGAGAGAGAGUUCUCUUGACGUAGAGAUUGCUGCCAGUGGUUAUACAAAAGAAAUGCAGGAAGAUGAUGAACUGCUUUACACAGUGGGUUCUGAUGAGGAUGAUCAUACAACAGAGGAGAGGGAAUUUGUAGAAGAUGCUGAAAGUAACACCAACAUCCUCGGCCAAGAUAAAGAAAACAGUGCAGACUUCAUAUAUAAAGUGGUUUCUGAAGGCAGAACCUCUGAAGACUUGUAUCACAGUAAAGAUGCUGAAGCCACUGAAAGUAGUGAAAAUUCACGAAGACUGAGUAUGUCAGAGUUGAGUUCAGCCUUAGAAAAGGUUGAAGGGCAGCCUGUGCUUUGGAAGUCCAGUGAAGAUGCAGAGAGUUGUGCAAUUGGAUUUUCUGAGCACAAAAGAAUACCUGAAAAUGCUGCUGAAAAUCAGACGGGUCCAGCAGAGGGCUGCAGUGGUAAGGACAACGAAGAUGAAUGCCCUGAUCUGGUUGACUUGUCAACUUUAAAUAAGGAAUUGAUGCCUUACAGAAACGAAGACAGUAUGGUUCAUAUUGCGGAGCACAGAACAAGAACUAAAAGUACAUCAGCCAGCAGUGUUGGGAGCUGUUCAACCAUUCCACCGGAACUGGUGAAAAGGAAGAUAAAACGCCAGCUGACGAAACAGCAAAAGUCUGCUCUGAGGCGACGACUACAGAAAGGAGAGGCAAACGUUUAUACCAAACAACGUCGAGAAAAUAUGCACAACAUUAAGUCAAGCUUGGAUGCAGCUAGUUUCUGGGGAUAAUUUAUCAUAGCUGCCACAGAACAUGAGAAAACUCACAGUACAUACAGCUGAAACAGUUACUUAAUAGCCAACAAUUCUUUUAUACAGUGGAGGAAAAGUUCUUUACAACACAAUGUAUUUCUGGAAAUUAAUAAACAUCACUCUGGUUCCUCUGA